CUGACUCAGCUCAACAGUCUCCAGUCUACCAACUGGUCUCUGAAAACCUAUUUAAAUCAGUCUGUCCUGACUCAGCUCAACAGUCUCCAGUCUACCAACUGGUCUCUGUAACUUCAUCUUUGUCUCUGUGGUGUACAGUCUUCAGGUGAUGAUGGGGGUAUUGAAUCAUCUCUCUACUCUCCUCCUCCUCUCUCUCCUUCCUCCUGCUCUCUCUCAUGUAGUGGAUAAGUUCAGUGAUGUUCCACAGUGCAAGACGUUCUUCCUGAAGGAGACAACUCCAAAUCUCCCAGGUAUUUUGGUUGGUGGGACAGUCCAGAACCAGAACCGCUACAAACCGAUCUGCCAGUUGUUCAACAACACCUACAGGUUUGCAACUCUCUACGACACGACCAACAGGAUCCCUGUGUUCUCAGCCUACACCUUCUCUGGUAAGGAGGUUGGUAGACCAAGUCAGUCCUGGAUGAUGGAGCCUCAGCUUGAAGGAGUAGUAGAAGAAGAGAUGAAAAACCAAAGUGUGGUGAAGAAGCGUAAUAAUAAUGAAGAUAUAAGAUUCCAGGCUGUGAACAAAGACUACGACAACAACACCCUGGGUCUGGAAAAAGGUCACCUGUUCCCAUGUUCAUACGCACCUGAUAAUGAUACCAAGAAGUCCACUUUCACCCUGACGAACGCCGUUCCCCAGGAAAGUUCCUUCAACAAAGGCAGCUGGAAGACAAUGGAGUGCAGAGUCAGAAAAGCUCUUGAGCUUAACUGUAAGGAUAACAACAACAAGAUAAAAGCCUAUGUGGUGACUGGAGCAGUGCCCAGCAGCAGCAACAAACUGAACAACCGAGUGAACAUCCCUGAUCUCCUGUGGACAGCCUACUGCUGUUACAACAACACAAAGAACUGGACGGUCGGAGCAUACUGGGGGGAGAACAGAAACGGCAAUGGGAACAUAUUGAACCUGGAAACCUUGGGAGAACUCGAAGCCAAGUUGAAUCAAAGCUACAAUGGUACUGUCAAGGUGUUUCACGAUAAUUGUCCAAGAAACAUUACAGUACGGGUUAAUAAGAGGACCAGGGAAGAGACGGAGAGUGAAUGUGUUGAAAAGUGAUGAGUUUUGAGAGGGGAGCAGAGAGGGGAGCAGAGAGGGGAGCGGAGAGGGGAAUGGAGAG